CCCUUUUCAAUUCUUCCGUUGACGAGAACACUUUCAAACAUUUGGCGGUUGGCUGGGAUUUGUUUUGUGUCUCUUUUUUCAACCAGCUACGAUAGCUAGCCAACUAGUUAACUUUUAAAUAAUUUAAAAUGGAUUCAGCUAUAACGAACAUUCUUGUUGGGCUUUCUGUCAACAUCCAAAGAAGCGAUGGGCGAGUACAUCCCGCAAACGUCAAAUCUGUUGAUUCCACAAAAUCUUCUGUGAUGGUCGAAUGGUUUGAGAAAUCUGUAUGCAGGGGAAAGGAGCUUGAAUUGAGUGAGAUAUUGUCCCUGAACAAAGAGCUUUUUGAGCACAUGAAGUUAGCAUCUGCAUCAGCUCCAGCAUCAGAGAAGAAAUAUGAAAGCCGUCUUCGUUCAUCCAGGAUCCCAGCUCCUUCUGCUCCUUCUUUUCCAGAAGUGCCUCCUGAGGAGACAGUUCCACUUCCCCGAAAGUCGACACGGCAGACUUGUGUGUUCCGGCCCCCUGCUCCUGUCACAGAACCUGCUGCUAAGUCCAAGCAUGAUUCUCCUCCAGACUAUCCACCAACUGUCCUCAAGGCUUCAGGGGUGCCCAACCGAGAGGGGAAGAGGAACGAUCAAAGACACACCACUGCCCUGCCUCAAGUCCCUGAGGCGCUGAAGGAGAAUGAAGCCAAGAGCCUCUCUGUGUUCACUUCAGGCAGACGGAGAUCGGUGCUUCCACAAGACACCAAACCAGUGAACAAAAGAACGUCUCUUUCAGUCAAGAGCUCUGACACGAUGCCCAAAAAGGGAAAGUUUGGAGACACAAACCGACCCAACAAGCAGUUUUACCAGAUGAUUGAAGAGUUCAGAGAGACCAUGGAAGUGUUGCCAUUAUCGGUGUCUGAUACGAUUGAAGCUCAGAGAAUUUGUGUGUGUGUUCGCAAGCGUCCGCUCAACAGCAAAGAGUUAAAUAAGAAAGAGAUUGAUGUGGUGUCUGUCACUGGGAAUGGAACCCUGUUGGUUCAUGAGCCCAAGCAGAAAGUGGACCUGACCAAGUACCUGGACAACCAAGUCUUUCAUUUUGACUAUUCCUUUGACGAGUCAUCCACCAAUGACUUAGUAUACAGGUUCACUGCCAAGCCUCUUGUCCAGACAGUCUUUGAUGGAGGCAUGGCAACUUGUUUUGCAUACGGCCAAACAGGAAGUGGCAAAACUCAUACAAUGGGAGGAGACUUUACCGGGAGGAGCCAGAACAGUUCCAAAGGGAUCUAUGCAUUGGCAGCUCAAGAUGUGUUCACCCUGUUGAAGCAGAAGAGAUAUGCCAGUCUGGACCUAUGCCCCUAUGUGACAUUCUUUGAGAUCUACAACAGCAAGGUGUUUGAUCUGCUGAACAAGAAGGCCAAGUUGCGGGUGUUGGAGGAUGAGAAACAGCAGGUCCAGGUAGUCGGGCUGCAAGAGAUGUAUGUGUCGUGUGCUGAGGACGUCAUCAAGAUGAUUGAAAUGGGCAGCGCAUGCAGGACAUCUGGCCAGACGUCAGCCAAUGCCAACUCGUCUCGCUCCCACGCCAUCCUGCAGGUCGUCCUGCGACGGAAGAACAAGCUUCAUGGGAAGUUCUCCCUGGUGGACCUGGCAGGAAAUGAGAGGGGCACGGACGUCAGCAGCAAUGACCGCCAGACCCUCGUGGAGACAGCCGAGAUCAACCGCAGCCUGCUGGCACUCAAGGAAUGCAUUCGCUCCUUGGGAAUGGACAGCCACCAUAUCCCCUUCAGGAUGAGCAAGCUGACACAGGUGCUACGGGACUCUUUCAUUGGAGAGAACUCCAGGACGUGCAUGAUUGCUAUGGUGUCCCCUGGAAUGGCCUCGUGUGAUUAUACACUAAACACACUACGCUACGCAGACAGAGUGAAGGAGCUGAACGGGACAGGCAAGGUGUACGAUGUUGAUCUUCCGAAGAAGCUGGAUGAGAUGGAAGUAGCUAACUCUUCAUCAGAGGAGGACUCCAUUGUGCCAAUGCCUGAUGUGUAUGUGGCCAUAUCCCAGGUGUCUGAGCUAGAGGAGAAAGUGCAUGAGGAGUUGACGAGAGCUGUUGAAAUUCUAAAGCCAAUGGAGAAACCAUCAUAUGACAUUGAGGAAGGGGUGACUGUAAUUGUGGAUUACGCAAGAAAUUUACUGGACACGGUCAUGGCAUUGCAAUCUGCCAUCGAUGGAGAGUGCCUAGCAAGGAUUUUGCCCAAUCCAGCGUAUCGCUAAGAAUGACCAAUACUCAUAUGUCCACUUGAAUCUUUUUUCCUAAUAUUUACAUUUCAUUAUAUAUUUUUUGUUAUCAUGCAGUAACUAUUGUGUAAGUGGGCAUUCAGUUCUGCUAAUUUUAAUUGUGAAUAAAAUGUGACCUUCAACAUGUAAAA